UCGAAAUCUUGCUCACCCUAUUUCCCAUCGCUCAGUAUCAGGGCUGUUUCUUCGCCCAACUUAGAAAGCAAAAAAAAAAAAAAAAAAACUAGAGUCACGCAUAUAGGGACAGUCAAAGAGAAGGCGGAGGGGAAAGAAGAUUUGGAGCCCACGUGUUUUUGAGUAGGCUGCCCUGCCUGACACUGGGAUGCAGCAUUAUGCCUGAGAGCCCUCGUGCUGCUGGGUCCGUUUGUAAGAUUCCCAGGACGGAGAUGCUGCAGGACUUUAGGGCUUGUGACUCCGCUCUGUAGUAGCGCCUGCCUGACUCUUGAAACCCCUUCCCACUGGUUAGCAGCGAUUCACUGUCUGUACUCCAGCCUUGCCAGCGGUGCCGGACUCUGCUGAUGACCCCUCCUUUUCUCGGACUUUGAGAGGAGUGUCUCCCCCCAACCCAACCGCCCAGAUGCAGUUUCGCCUCUUCUCCUUUGCCCUGAUCAUCCUGAACUGCAUGGAUUACGGUCACUGCCAAGCCAACCGCUGGAGACGCAGUAAGCGAGCUAGCUACGUAUCAAAUCCAAUUUGCAAAGGUUGUUUGUCUUGUUCAAAGGAUAAUGGAUGCAGCAGGUGCCAACAAAAAUUGUUCUUCUUUCUGCGAAGAGAAGGGAUGAGGCAAUAUGGAGAGUGCUUGCAUUCAUGCCCAUCAGGGUAUUAUGGACAUAGAGCACCAGACAUGAACAGAUGUGCAAGAUGCAGAAUAGAAAACUGUGACUCUUGCUUUAGCAAAGACUUUUGCACAAAGUGCAAAGCAGGCUUUUACUUGCAUAGAGGCCGCUGCUUUCAUGAAUGUCCUGAUGGUUUUGCACCAUUAGAUGAAACCAUGGAAUGCGUGGAGGGAUGUGAAGUGGGUCCCUGGAGUGAGUGGGGAACUUGUAGCAGAAACAACCGAACAUGUGGAUUUAAAUGGGGUCUGGAAACAAGAACACGGCAAAUUGUUAAGAAGCCAGCAAAAGACACAAUACCAUGUCCAACCAUUGCUGAAUCUAGAAGGUGUAAAAUGGCCAUGAGGCAUUGUCCAGGAGGGAAGAGAACUCCAAAGACGAAGGACAAGAGGAACAAGAAGAAGAAAAGAAAGUUAAUAGAAAGAGCACAGGAGCAACACAGUGUCUUCCUUGCUACGGACAGAGCAACCCAAUAAAAAAGACAUUCUCCUUUUUCUUUUUCUUUUUCUUUUUUUUUUUUUGGUGGGUUUUUGUUUUGUUCAGUUUUGUUUUGCAGAAGUGCACAAAGCCGCGAUCUCUCUGCUCCGUUCCGCUCCUGCGCACCGGGGCACUGCCUUUAUGCUGCUUGGACAGUAUUGGUUGCAAGUAACCUGUGAAAAACGUGAGAGAAACCCACAAGUGUGGAGAGGUGGGGGUGGGGUGGGGGGGUAUUAUUUAUACUUUAAUUGUAAGCGGGAGCCUGCGGAGACAGGAGCACACUGAGGGUGCAUCAGUGAGAGCAGGUGCAGAAGAAGCCGGAUGAAGACGUUAUUAUUCAUUCAGUGUCUGUGAGGGCAACAGCCCCGGUGCCAGGCAGCAUGGAAGUCCUGUGGGCAGUGGGCUGCAGGGCACCAAGGUUCACAUAGACAGACAAUGGACUUGUGCAGAUUUAUGGGAAAGAAGAUACUCGGAGGUAGAAGUGCUAUUUCAUUUAGGACCUUUGUUUUGCAUCUUGUGCAUUUUCCAGAGGUAAAUGUAUAUGAAUAUCUAUGUAGUGUUAACCUGUGUUGUUCUCAGCAUCUGUUACCUUGAAACACUUGUAUAGUAGAGCUGCUUUAAACUGAUGAUAAGCUCCAGGAAUUACUGCCUCGUUUCAUGAGCAUUCAGAUGUGUACAUAUUACGCUGAGUCUAAUAUCUACUUCUUAUUUCCUGUAUAUUUAUGCUUUCUUACCUGUAACAAAGUAUACCUAAUGUUCUGUCAUUUCAUUUCUAGUGGUUUCUAUAUGUGCCCUCUAGCAAAUGCUUUUUUUUAAACUUUCCCUAGUUUUUGAACAUUUUUUUUUUCUGUUUUGUUGCCCCUUGAAAUGUUCCGGGGUCUUUUUUCUCAUCAUAAGGCUAGGAUCAACUGGUGUGUUGUCAAAUGACCAGUGUCAAGGAUUUUCAACAUGCGCCUGACCCACCCAUUAAAUAGUGCACAGGCAUCUGGCAAUCACGGGCAAAAACCCCAGAGUUAUUUCUCCCCUUAAGGAACCUCCCUUUAAGUUUUAAGUCUGUUAUGACUCCUUUGUGAAACACAAUUGGAGCAUGGGAAACUGCAUGCACUAGCUCCAAUUUCCAGACAUGCAACUUCACAGAUAAAGACGGGUGGGGGUUGGGGAAACACUUUUUUCUUAUAAAAGUAAUCUCACGCCUGGCACAAGGUACUUUUAUGGUUGACUGGAGUCACCAUAGCAGGCCUUUUAAGUUAUCAUCCUCAGGCCACCAGUGAAAUUUGGGGACAGUGGCUAUCUAAUUGUGGACACUGCUGGUCAGGUCACAAAUCCUAGCAAAUUUUGGGGAAGCUGAAUGUGUCAUUUCAAACCUGGGACUCAGAGAGAAUCUAUCAGGAGAUUACCUGAACUAUUAUGAAUAAGAUAAUUAAAUGCUCAGUUGGUUGUGGAUUUUUGUUUUCUGUGCUUCAGACUUUAGAAAUAAUAGCCCCUUCCCAUUCUAACCCAAAGUAGAAGAUCAGAACAUAAAUGGAACAUUUGCAAAUAUUGAGGAAAAUGUAAAGAAGGCACCACUAUUUUCUCCCCAACCCUCACCUUUGUAUUGGCAAAACUACCUCUUUAGAAUUUGCAAACUACUCACUGUGGGGUUUUUGUUGUUAUUGUUGUUUCUGUUAUCCAUCAAAUAACUCUGAAAUAACACCUUACAAAUAAGAAUAAGAAUAAAUAUAAUAUCCAUCUUUAAGUAUCACAGAAUAUUAUUGCUGUGAGAUAAGCCAUAUAUGAAUGUUGUAUAAAACUUUGGGAUAUUCAUCAAAUCCUAAGGUCCUCACCUCCUUUCACAUUUAUUUAGCAUAUGUUCCUGUUUAGUGGUAGGGGAGGAAACAGCCCCAUAUACUUGCAGUGCUUCAUUGUUAAUGAGACCAAUCAUUGUUCUGUUUUGGGGAUGUUCUUUUGUGCAUUAAAUCACUUCAAAAAUACCACCGUGGAAUCUUUUUUUUUUCUUUUUCAGUAAAAUGUUUGGAAAUGGACGUCAAAAUGUAAGAAAGCAAUACAUGGAACUAAGGGUUUUUUUCCCUAGUUUAAAAAAAUACAAUAUGGUCCAUUGGGGUUGAAUAGAAACUUUCUAAAAUCUCUAUGAAAGGAUUUCUUGUCCAAAGCAAAUGAUGAGGUGAUGUUUUGUUUUUGUUUGAUUUGUUUCAUUGUGUUGUUAUUGCUGAGAGAAGGGCGUCACAGAAUCAUAAUUUAUUACACCUGAGUGCUGUGCACUUAGGAAUUUGUUACCAGGAUCUUCUGUGAGUUGUUGGAGAGAUGAUAGUGAGCCAGACUCUAAGCUAGGAAGGUUUGACUUCAGGUCCCACCUCUGACACAAAUAGACACUGUCCCACCUGGAGGAAAUCAUUCAAUCUCUGUGUGCUAGGCAACUCUCUUUAUUCUUUGAGUUGCACAGAAGGUAAAAAUCUGCAUUAAAAGAGAAAAUGUCUUCCCUUGGAAGUUUCCUAUCCCAAUGAAAUCACAGAUUCAAUUCAUAUCCUUAUCCUAUUAUUGAAAAUGAUCCCAAGCAUAAGUUUUUACAAUUCUUUCAAAACUGUCAGUUUCUCUAUCAACAAGGGAGUGUGUCUGUGUAUAUAAAUAUAUAAAACCAGAUAUUUAUGUUAAAAAGUGAACAUAUACACACAUAGGUAUGUUGAAGGAAAAUAAGUAUUUUUAUAGCUUUAAGGUUUGCACAGUGAAUCCUCGCAACAAAACUGUAAAACUGAUAGUACUCUUACCUCCUUUGUAUGGAUAAUGGAACUGGGCCUGAACAGUGGAAUGACUUGUUCAGUUAUAUAACUAGCCUGAGAUAGACUUCAAUCUCAGGUCUUCCUGACUCUCAAAUGUAGUACCCUAUCCAUUGUACUACCUAGCCAAGGGUCAAGUUUCUCAACAUAUUGUUUUUGGUGUUUUCCUCCAAAAUCAUCAUAUUCACAAAAUAAUUUACCUUUAUUGGACUUUGUAAAUACUCAUCUCAGUUAAUGUUAUUGUGUCAUCUACAAUUCAGGAAAAUUCAGAUGGAACAUAUUAAAAGUUGGUAUCUAACUAUGUCACAUAUUUUCUUGUUUUUGAGUCAUUUUUCAG